GCCCAGAAAAAAACCACCCCGGGGAAAGGACAAGGAAGGCACGAACAGGGAACAACCAAACACCACUAAAGAACUGUUUAAAGAGGCAUUUGGCCCCUCACCGAUGGAGAUGGAGUCCAUCCCAGGAGCCCCCCCGCCCCCGCCCCCACCCCCGGAGAUCGUGAUGGAGGACGCUAUCGAAGAGACAGGUCAGCACACAUCUCAGUACACAUCUCAUGCUCAAGCGCAAGCAGAAGAGAGCGCUACAAAUGGGGCAACUGCAGCAAACGCCCCGGAAGAUUGUAUGAGAAAGGUGGCGGACUGGCUGAUGGACAGCCUCCAGAUGAAAUUCACAGGGCGGGACGACGACUUCUGGGAUGACACGUACAGAGCCCUUAUCCCACUAUUGAAAAACAGCGGGAGCCUCAAAGCGGCCUUAGCAAAUGGACUGCCGGCAGGGACUAAUUGGCAGAGCAUCUGCCACAAACUGCUUGCGAUAGUAAUUAACCUCUCCCAAACUGGGGAACCGCAGGCAGCAAGCUCAGCCCCCUCGGCGAUGUCCAGCACAAUCGCCAACAGUGUAGCGGGUAAUGGUGAUAUAUCUGAAACGUGCAAGGGGGAUUCACAGGCGGGACGAGAAAAGGAGGAAGUGGCCAGUAUCGACUCACAACAACAGCGAGGAGAAGAGGGCGAUUUGGAAGGGGGGGGCCAGGAAAAGGCUAACAAGGGACGAGAACAAAUCAGUAAUCAAACCGAACAGACACCGAACGACAUGAUGGGGAGCGGGGAGACACACGAGGGAGAAGGGACGGAGGGAGAAGGGACGGAGGGAGAAGGGAGGGAAGGAAUCAGGGAGAACGAUGAACAACAGGCAAAAAGGGGAAGAGCAGAGGAAAGGGAACAAGGUGAUCAUGAUUCUGGGAGGCUGGGGAACGGAGAGACACAAGUGGGCGAAGGGAAGCAACCGGUCGAGACCAUAAUAUUCCGCGGAGGCAAGAGGAAGAAGGCCUCUGUCUAGCAUUGGCAGCAUGGGGACCGGAUGCAACAACCAAAUGCCACAGAAGUCAGCCCCCUCGGACCCCCCCCCCCCGCCCCGAAACCCCCGGACCU